AUGAUGGGCCUCUUCAGCCAGGCAGGGUCCACCCUUGGCCGCGUUGUAAAGCCACGCGGUUCACUCGAGGGGGGCGAGAACGACAAAGCCCCUUCAGACACAGAGCCCGACGACACCUCUAUCUUGGACGAGAAUGAAGGCUCCAUAAUUACAUCGUUAAUCUCCCAGCUGAGAGUGGGGAUGGAUCUUUCUAGAGUUACUUUCCCUACAUUUGUGCUCGAGCCCCGAAGUAUGCUCGAGCGAAUCACCGAUUUCAUGUCUCAUCCAGAUCUAAUAUUCGGUGCCGAGAACUUCGAUGACCCAGAGGAGCGGUUUAUCCGUGUGUUGCAGUACUACCUCGCGGGUUGGCAUAUCAAACCGAAAGGUGUCAAGAAACCAUAUAACCCUAUUCUCGGAGAAUUCUUUCGGUGUAGGUAUGACUAUCCCAACGGUACGCAAGGGUUCUACAUCGCAGAGCAAGUUUCACAUCAUCCACCUAUAUCUGCCUUCUUCUAUAUAUCCCCCGCGAACCAUGUUAGUAUUAUCGGGGAGCUCCGUCCAAAGUCCAAAUUCCUUGGAAAUAGCGUCUCAACAACGAUGGAGGGUGAGAAUCGCGUGACGUUACUCGGAAAACCUGAUGACGGUGAAUACGUCAUCACAAUGCCUAAUAUGUAUGCCCGCGGGAUUUUGUUCGGAAAGAUGGUACUCGAGCUGGGGGACACGUGCAUAGCCAAGAACGAAAAGCAUGGGUAUUACUGCGACCUUGAGUUCAAAACCAAGGGCUUUUUUUCGGGCACCUACAAUGCAUUGUCCGGGCGGGUACGCAAGAACUCCACAGAAAUCGGAGAAGUAUCGGGGAGGUGGAGCCACCUCAUGGAAAUCAGGAAUAACAAGACGGGGAAGAAACGGGUUCUAUUCGAUGCCACCAAGGAUGGUCAGAAUGUGUCCCCCAAGUGGGUUCCACCCGAAGAAGAUCAGGAAGCAAAUGAAUCACGCAGACUGUGGCAAGAUUUAACAGAGGCUAUCGUGCUCAAGGACAUGGAACGAGCAACAGAUGCUAAAUCUAAUGUUGAGGACGCGCAACGAGAACAGCGCCGGAAGAUGGAAGAGAGCGGGCAAAAACACGUGUCUCGUUUCUUCGAGUUAUCGAAUGGGCGAUGGUUACCAAGACUGCAGGUACCAAACGAGCCUCAGGAAGCAACGAAAGCGGUUCAAGAAUGGAUAUUCCCAUCAACACCGUCCGAGUCUUCCUCGUCAGAGCUGGUAUCCUGA